AAUGUUACAAGUUAGAGCAAAGUUAUACAUGUUAUUUGAUGUUUGUUUGGUUGAAAACUUGUGUGCAGUGUCUGUUUCUGUUCACAACAUGUUUUAUGGUUUUUCUGGGAAGAUUGUCCUUUGAUAUCUGAAGACAUUAUGAAGAGGCUCCCUAAAGACCUGUCGUAGCUUUUCUCUUUAAAUGAGGAAGAAUAAAGAUAAAAUAUGUCAGUAUCAAAAAUAAAAACAAAGUCUGUCAUAAUAUUCAUUAUGAAUUGGUGCAAAUUAAAGUCUGGUAAGUAGACUUGUAAAGUAACAUUCCUAAAUAAAACAGACAUAAAUAGGAUGGGAACAAUAAAGAUUAAUUUAUAAGAUCCAAGUGAUUUAAAAAAAAAAAAAAAAAAAUUUAAUCUCCUUGCUUUGGUCUUCUGUGUGACGACAUUUGCAGUUUAAAUCGGGACUUUUUUGCAUUGUGCCAUAAUUGAGCUUCCAGUUUCGUCAUUGCUAGAAGUGAAAUUUAAGUGGGAGCAGAGCACUGAUGCUCUUUUAAAAGGACCGUUUAUGUUCACGUUUAGGCACGAAAAAGUCCAUUUAAACUCGCCAAAGCCAGAAGACCUGCUAAAGUGUUAAUACAAUACGAGCCGAAAUUAACAACCACCACAGGAACUUGGACGGCGCGCGUUUGUUAUGGAUCGCGGAGUUUGAAGUGACUUCUAUAAUUUUGAGAGAAUCGUUUUAUCACUGAGUUUUCAACCUUAAACCCAUGUCUGCUCCUGGGAGAAUGAGAAAGCCUGUUAUUAAAAUUGUAAUCCUGGGAGACAUGAAUGUAGGGAAAACGUCCCUGCUGCACAGAUACACAGAGAGAAGCUUUAAGGACACUCUAAGCACAAUCGGCGGAGCGUUCUUCUUAAAGCAGUGGGGUCCGUACGACAUCUCUAUCUGGGACACAGCGGGUCGUGAACAGUUCCACGGUCUAGGCUCCAUGUAUUGUCGUGGCGCUGCAGCCAUCAUUCUCACGUAUGAUAUCACAAACUGGCAGAGCUUCGUAGAGCUUGAAGAUCGCUUCCUCUCUCUCACUGACUCAGCCAAUAGUGACAGCAUAUUUGCCAUUGUGGGCAACAAAGCAGACCUCACUGACCCUCAAGCCCAUGUUAUGACCCCAGAGGAAGUCAGGGCAGAAGACGGUAGUGUGCUUCCCCUUCCAUCCUUUCCCUCACCUCCAGAAUUUCCCUUGCACAAACAGGUGAGUCAGGAUGAUGCCAUAGCACUGUACGACCGCAUAAUUCGCUAUAAGGCACUGGAGGGCGCCAGCCCACCAGCGGACAAGAUGUGCUUCGAGACAAGCGCUAAGACUGGAUUUAAUGUAGAUGUUAUGUUUGAGACACUCUUUGAUCUGGUGUUGCCAUCCAUCAUUCAAAAACGCUCCCAAAGUGAGUCGCCAAUACUGUAUUUGGAGGACUAUAAUGAAGAGGGGAUGAAGAGCAAAAGGAAUUGUUGCACAUGAAAAUAUUUGCGGAAGAGCAUCUGGAGUCUUGCAUGAAUAUCCAUUUAUUUAUGGACACUGUUAUUUGAUCUGUUUCAGAACGGUUUACUGUCACAGUAAAAAUGAGUACAUUGUCAGUGAACAAGUGCACAUUGUUAUCUCUGUUCUGACUCGUGUGUGUGUGUGUGUGCGUGUCUGUUUAUAUGUUUGAGAUAAUCUUGUUUUCACAAAUAGAGCACAAAGAAUUUGAACUUAAGUUACUCAGUGUUUUGGCCCACAAGUUGAUCACUUGCUUCUGAACUCUAUGAAUAGUUGACUAUAUUGAUUUUUUUGAUUGAUUGACUGUUAAAAUUUUUUUUUACAAAUGUGAAUCAAAGAUAAGAAAUAUACAUUGUUUCAUUGUUUAGAGUACCAAGCUUUUUUUUUUUUUUUUGGACAUUUUUAAAAAUAUUUUAUUUUGAAUUAAUUUGCUGUGAUUACAUUAUAAAAAUUAGUGUUUAUAUAUGAUCUUUAGUGACUCGUGACUUAUUUAAUAAAGGUUAAAUGAAUAUCAUUUAUACAUACAGAAGACAGUGUAUACAAUUACAGAAAACAAACCUCAUUCGUGAACAGACUGUUUACACUGUCAGCAUUUCCUUUUGGCUUAUAUGUGAGAAUAACAAAAUGAUUAAUGAGCAGUGUUGUGUCAUAUUUAUAUGUAAUUCCAUAAAUGUCUUAACAGCUGCAUUAUAUCUGCAACGAUCAUAUUUUUACCCUAACAUUUCCAAGAGAAUUGUGAUGUUGUUUUACUCUCUGGGUUUGUCUUCUGCUCCUGCUCAGAUUCAUCAGUAUAACAUUUGGCCUGAAUUAAAUUUGACACGCACGCACACACGCCACAUAUUAGAACAUAAUUCCUUGAAAAAAAAAAAAAAUCUAAUUUAUUGUUUCAAAAGUAAAUGACAUUAAACAUAGGAUCGUAAUUCAAUGCAAUGUGACAAUAUUGCAAUAUGGUAUUAGUUUCAUAGGUCUGCAUGAAACAAGCUGCUGAAUAUAAUUGGCAGUUUACAAAAGAUAUUUUCGUCAACUGGCUGUUUGUUGUUAUAUCUCUUAUCUUGCUAUAUUUUAUAUCUCUUAGGUUGAAGUCCAUUGUUUAUUCUUAUCAGAAACAUGCAGAGUCGGGGAAGGGAAGGGCAUGAGUCUGUGAAAGUCUAUUUUUUUAGUACAUUUAGUUGAGAGUUUGAACUACUGUGCAAGACUUGGUAAUCCAUUUUUAAUCUUUUUUUCAAAAGGCAUUCAAAGUAAUAGAAUAAUGUCCAGAGUUUGAGUUUAAAUGCUUGCAGUUAAAA